UGUGUAUAAAAGAGCAAAGCAGAGUUGAUGUUCUGCAUCUGUUGAGUAGUUUUUCACAGGAGCAUCUUCGUCUUAGACCCAGGACACAUCCACCUGUAAGUCAGAAAAUGGCUGUUCAGUAUGAAGUGACCAUCCACAUCAAAGACGAUUGGUGUUACACUGUGAUCGGAUCACUGUACACGACUCUGGUGGGCAAAGAGGGGGAGAGUGACAGAGUAGAAAGCUCUACACCAUUUAGGCCCUUGAACAAAUUUGUGUUUAAAAUCACUGUGAAGUGCACUAAGGACAUUGGAGACCUGUUGAUGAUAAGUAUUGAAAGGUUUCAUCACGGCCUCAUUCCAUACACUUGGAAGCCUGAAAAGGUGGAGGUGAAGUCUCCCUCUGGGCAUGUCUACACUUUCGGUGGCUAUCAAUGGUUCUCUGGCCAGAACAUGUACUUGUUCCAAGAGGAAACAGCUUUGUUGAGCAUGAAUUCUGAACUUCGUAAAGUGUGUCGAGAGGAAAUUGAUGAACGAAGAAAAAUCUAUUGCUGGAGCACUUACAAAAGCAAAUGGCCAAGUUGCAUAGAUGCAGAAUCUGCAGCAUCUCUACACCUUGGCAAGUGCGACCUUAUAACAAGAAUUACGAAGCGUGAACCCCUUGCGGUUGCAGGUGUGGUGGAGCUGGAAUUAACCAAAGGUAUGCACGCUGACAACUUUACAGAGAUGAGUCAAAUUGAAGAUCUCCACAAGCAUCACAUGACUCCAACAUCUGAGUACGUCAUGAACCAUUGGAAGGAGGACGACUUCUUUGGCUACCAAUUUCUAAACGGGGUCAACCCCAUGGUGAUCAGACGCAUCAAAGCUCUGCCUGGAAACUUUCCUGUCACUGAUGAAAUGGUCUUCAGCAAUGGCUUAUUCACUCUGAACUCUGAGAUGCAGAAGGGAAACAUAUUCCUGUGUGACUACAAGAUUCUGGAAGAUGUGUCAACAAGUACCAUCAACGAUAAAGAGCAGUUCUUGGCUGCUCCCCUGGUUUUGCUCCACAAGGAUGAGAAUGAUAAUAUGAUGCCCAUUGCCAUCCAGCUGAAGCAGGAAGGAGAAAACAAUCCCAUCUUUCUCCCCACUGACUCCGAAUAUGACUGGCUGCUGGCAAAGACGUUUGUGAGAAGUGCAGAAUUCAACCUGCAUGAGAUCGACUAUCACCUGCUUCGCACUCACCUCCUGGCUGAGGUUUUCAUUGUUUCCCUGAACAGGAACCUCCCCAGUGUUCACCCUAUUUACAAGCUUCUUGUCCGCCACACACUAGACACUCUGCAGAUCAACAAUGGGGCUCGAACUCUUCUUGUAUCAGAUAAUGGAAUUCUGACGGAGAAUUCAGCAGCAGGUAAAGACGGUAUCAACACCAUCGUUCAGAGAGCUCUCCAAACGAUGACCUACGCUUCUCUCUGCUUCCCUGAUGACAUCAAGGAGAGAGAUCUGGAGGAUGUGCCAAACUUCUACUACAGAGAUGAUGGACGCAAACUGUGGGACUGCAUGCACCAGUUUGUGAAUGACAUUCUUGGGCUCUAUUAUAAAAAUGAUGACUUGGUGAAGAACGACGAAGAGCUGCAGGACUGGAUUAAAGACAUCUUUCAACAUGGAUGUUUUGACCAGGAAAAGUCUGGAAUCCCAAAAGAAAUCACCUCCCUGGUUGACCUGGUCAAGUAUGUCACUAUGGUGAUGUUCACUUGCUCUGCACAGCAUGCAGCUGUGAAUUUUGGUCAAUUUGACUUUUAUGGAUGGAUGCCAAAUGGCCCUUCCACAAUGCAGGUGGCCCCUCCCACAGAGAAAGGGAAGAUCGAAGACAAAGACGCUCUUCUUGAACUCCUGAAAGCCUUACCAGACUAUAGAAUUGCAGUAAAAAGCAUGGAAACUGUUUGGCUGCUCAGCGCGCCAACUCCUGAAAAGAAUUACCUUCCUGACUUCGAUUUUAAGGAUUUCACUGAGCACGCACCCCGCCAGAAGAUUAAAAAUUUCCAGGAGAAACUCGCAGAGCUCAGUAACAUCAUCCAGACAGGAAACCAAGAGCUACGGUGCAAAUAUCCCUACCUAGACCCAAAUCAGGUGGAAAACAGUAUAAGCAUUUAAUGUGGUUAUUAAUGCGGGAGAGGGCAAUUCUUUCAUCUCAAUAAAAUCAGCUUCAUUCAUUUAUUUUACAUUGACUUUUUGGAAUUUAGAUGAUAUCAAAGACCAACACAGGUCUGCUCUAUUGUGGCAGUGCACCUCAAAUAGUGGGGCGCGCCCCCCAGGAUGCUUGGGGGGGGGCUUGAUAAAAAGAUUUGAGAAGCACUGCAUUAUGGGUUUUAAAUCUUAUGGGGUUUUUCUCUUUCUUUUUUUCCUGUAACUUUGUAACUUAAACCAAAUAAAAUUCAUGACUUCCAAACGAA